AUGUCGUUGCCGUCAGCUAAGGCCGCCGGAGCAGCAGCUCGCGACGCUGUUGCCACGCCUUCGCCCGGCUCUCUCGACGCGAGCCUGAUGCCUUUCCAGCGGGAGGGCGUGCGCCGCAUCCUGGCGUGGGACGGGCGCGCCCUACUCGGCGACGAGAUGGGUCUUGGCAAGACGCUGCAGGCCAUCGCGGUCGCUCGGCACUACCGGCGAGAGUGGCCGCUGCUCGUUCUCUGCCCGACGUCCAUGGCUCACACGUGGGCGGACGAGCUGGAGCGCUGGUGUCCCGAGCUCGUUCCCGGCCAGAUCAACCUCAUCAAGAGCCACCACAACGGCGCGCUCUCCUCCGCCGCCGUCACCAUCCUUACCUACGGGCUCGUCACCAACGGCAAGGAGAAGGAGCGGCUCGUCGCGAACGUGAUGGCCGCCGGCUUUGCGGUUGUGAUCGUCGACGAGGCGCACUACCUCAAGACGCGCGACUCUGUGCGCACGAAGCUCAUCCUCCCCCUUCUCGCGGCGGCGCAGCGCUGCGUCAUGCUCACCGGCACGCCCGCGCUCAACCGGCCUGUCGAGCUGUACCCGCUGCUCAGCACGCUGCGGCCGCAGCAGCCGGCGUGGCGCACGUACAGCGCCUUCGUGCAGCGCUACUGCGCCGCGAAGCCAACCUUCUUCGGCGGCCGGCGCGGGCUCGACGUGAGCGGCUCGUCGAACGAGGCCGAACUGUACGCGCUGCUCUGCGAGACGCUGAUGGUGCGGCGGCUCAAGGCCGAGGUCCUCGACGAGCUGCCUCCGAAGCAGAGGCAGCGCGCGACGCUCGCGCUCGACGCCAUCACCCGCGAGGCGGACGCGCUGCCGAGCGGGCCGUCGUUCGAGCGGCGGAGCCUGCUCUCCAAGUCUGUCGUCGAGUUGGCCGCAGCGAAGGCCGCGCUGACGGCCGAGUACGCGCUCGAGCUCGUCGCCUCGUGCGAGCGGCUCCUCUUCUUCGCGCACCACAUGACGUCGCUCGUGCGCGCCUUCGAGGCGGCGCCGCGCGGCUCGCCCGUCCUCUUCCUCCUCUCGAUCACCGCCGCCGGCCAGGGGAUCACGCUGACGAGCGCCUGCAACGUGUGCUUUGGCGAGCUGCGCUGGGUGCCGGGCGAGCUGCUCCAGGCGGAGGACCGCGCGCACCGGAUCGGCCAGGCGAACGCGGUCAACAUCUUCUACGUGUGCGCAAAGGGGACGGUGGACGAGGCGCGGACCGGCGGCGGCAGAGGGCCGAGGGCGGUGCGGCCGUGA